UUUUCGAUUGCCCCAACAGGAAACAGAGUAGAGGUUGCGCUAACAAGUCAGUGUUGACAAGUCAGGUCUUUAAUCGUAUGAAAGGGCGGGUUGGAGCCGCUAGGUGUCUUACUGAGUUCAAAGACCGGGCGAUCGCCGCCCUGACGAUCAGUAGAACAAGAGAGAGAGCCGAUACCGCACCUUCGAUCAAGGUAAGCGAACAAAGACCUGACCAUGGAGAAACAAGAGGAAGGCGCUCCGAGUUAGCACGAAGUAUGGCGAUGACUGGCCAGAGCUCGUGUGCUUCGAUGAGUAACCACACCAAGGAACGGGUCACCAUGGCCAAAGUGACCCUGGAGAACUUCUACAGUAACCUCAUUGCUCAGCAUGAGGAGAGGGAGAUGAGGCAGCAGAAGCUGGAGAAGGUGAUGGAUCAGGAGGGGCUGGCUGAUGAAGAGAAACGUGUCCGGCGUUCUGAGCAUGCCCGGAAGGAAACAGAGUUCCUGCGUUUAAAACGCACUCGGCUGGGACUGGAGGACUUUGAGUCCCUGAAGGUCAUUGGCAGAGGAGCCUUUGGAGAGGUUCGCCUGGUACAGAAAAAAGACACGGGGCACGUCUAUGCCAUGAAGAUACUCCGUAAAGCUGACAUGUUGGAGAAAGAACAGGUGGGCCACAUCCGUGCUGAGCGGGACAUUCUGGUGGAAGCAGACAGCCUGUGGGUGGUGAAAAUGUUCUACAGUUUCCAGGACAAGAUGAACCUCUACCUGAUCAUGGAGUUUCUCCCUGGAGGAGACAUGAUGACUCUGUUGAUGAAGAUGGACACUCUGUCAGAGGAAGCCACUCAGUUCUACAUUGCAGAGACGGUGCUGGCCAUCGACUCCAUCCACCAGCUGGGCUUCAUCCACAGAGACAUCAAACCUGACAACCUGCUGCUGGACGCCAGAGGUCACGUGAAGCUGUCGGACUUCGGCUUGUGCACCGGGUUGAAGAAGGCUCACCGCACAGACUUCUACAAAAACCUGAAUCACAGCCUGCCCAGUGACCUCAGUAAGCAAACCUUUCAGAACAUGAACUCUAAGCGGAAAGCCGAGACCUGGAAGAGGAACAGGAGGCAGCUGGCGUUUUCCACAGUGGGAACCCCAGAUUACAUCGCUCCUGAGGUCUUCAUGCAGAACGGAUACAACAAGCUGUGUGACUGGUGGAGCCUUGGUGUCAUCAUGUACGAGAUGCUGAUCGGGUAUCCUCCGUUCUGCUCCGAGACGCCUCAGGAGACCUACAGGAAGGUGAUGAACUGGAGAGAGACGCUCACCUUUCCCCCAGAAGUGCCAAUUUCAGAGAAGGCUAAAGACCUCAUUCUCAGGUUCUGCUGUGAGGAGGAGCACAGGAUUGGUGCUGCCCGGGUGGAGGAGAUCAAGUCCAACCCGUUCUUUGAGGGGGUGGACUACGACCACAUCAGAGAAAGACCUGCUGCCAUUACCAUAAACAUCAAAAGCAUCGACGACACGUCCAACUUCGACGAGUUCCCCGAGUCGGACAUCCUCACUCCAACUACCACCCAAGUGUCCAAUCACAGCGAGGCUGACCUGAAGAACAAGGACUGGGUCUUCAUCAACUACACCUACAAGCGCUUUGAGGGUCUGACGGCUCGAGGAGCCAUUCCAUCCUACAUGAAGUCAGGGAAGAGAUGACUGGCUGGAAGCGAACCCUGAAGGAAUGCUGCUGCUGUGUGUGUGUGUGUCAAAACACACACACCUCUGCUCAGUUAUCAGAGCAGCAGCCAGCAGAGAACCAACGCAGCUCAUCCUCAUUCAUUGCUUUCCAUAGGAACCUUCAUGGAAACUUGCUGCCUUCACUUUAGUCCAAGCUUCUGAGGGUACCUCUCCACUUCCCGUUGUCACAGACUGAACUGGGAUGAGUCUGACUUUCUUCCUCUGCACCAGGGAACGGUGCUUUUUGUCUCCAGGUAACCAGCAUCAUUACAUUCCCUCUCUGUACCAGCAUCGUUGGCUCGGAUCUACCAAGGGCUCUUCCUCCAGACGGGAGCGUCGUCUCCUCGCUCUGGGGGCUUCAUCAGCUCAGACAUCGUAUCGAGUCAUCGCUUUGAAGUGAACCGGGCGCUCUUCAGGGAUUCUGUCCUCGUUCGUUUCUUUCUCAACAUCACCUAACCAAAGACUGAAGGAACUUCUGCUCCAUCUUCCUCUUGGAACUUUUUUUUUUCCCUAAACUUCCAACUUUGUAUUUUUCUAGGAUCCAGAUUUGCACGAUUUUGCUCUUUAAACUAAUGCAAAAAGUGGGCGUAUUAUGCAUUUUGUGGAACGAACACAAGGUCUUGUUACAUUUUUGAGCUGAAGCAUGUAAACUUCAGCCCCCUAGGUGAAGUGGCUGAAGAUCCAGCACAGCUAGCACCUCACCCAGCCUGCUAGAUCCUGCAUUGUGUAAAAGCUUUUUAAAAAUACUACCUUUUAAUAAUAAGUAGGGGGAUUUCAUUAUUUUAAAUUGGGCAGUGGUUAAUAGCGUCGCUAUGGAAACGAGAGGCUUUCAUAGUUCAGGUCCUGGUUGAAGAAGCUUCAAUAAAAUAAAAAGAAAAAGAUAAAUACUCUUCUACCAUUCUUCUUUACUUUCAUGAAGUGACAUCAGAUCCCAGAUUGGCUUAUAAACACGUGAAUGCAUUUCUGUAAACGUACAUCUUAGACUUGCUCGUCGCCUAGGAAACGGCUUGGCUGCCUUCCAGCUAAGAAGCUCUCCCAGCAGAACGUUCUCUCACACACACACACCACCGACCCCGCUGUUCUCCAACAAGUCAUCUGAGGGAUUCAGUUAAUUUAAAACAGUUCAUUUGACUCGUUGAUAAAUGGCUAAUUGGAGCUAAUUAAUAAACCUGUAAAGAGAUUUAAGAAGAAAAAAAAUCUACUUUGACUUGUUUUGACCUAAGAUAUGAAUUGCUGGGUUUUAUUAACCACAAAAAGUGAAACACGUCCAGUUAGGCUCCGACUUACUCACCCUGGCAGGUUCUGAUUUAACACGAUCUUUUGGACGUCUCAACCGGAUGUGAAUCUGACAGAACCACAGAUUAGGGUGAUGGAGCAGAGGACCGCCAACCUCUAAGAUGUGAAGCUCACCCUUAAAAAUUCCAAAACAGAUGGAGGCGAAAACACGCAGAAACUGGUCAACAAAUACAAAAAGAGCCAGUAAAGGCUUUUCCGUGGAUUACCAAGCUUGUUUUUCUUUUUUGUUAAACUGUAAAAAUUUUUAUUUCAUUUCCCAUUUUGGUGACCCGGCUGUAGGAAGUGCCUGUGCCAGUUUCCAAUUAUAAAGCAAACCUAAGAACUACCAGUAAAUCUUUCAGGCAUAUUAAUAAUUUUCAGCGUGACUGUAUGUGAAAUGAAGCCCCUAAAGAAAAAUUUUGGUUCCACAUGCAGAGAGUUCCUGGUUCUCCUCUAAUCCCCGCCCUCUUUCUGCUGCUUUAACCUCUUACUGCUCGCAGCAUUGCAGUCGUUCUCCACCUGCUCACGUUUGCUUAGCUAGCCGGGACGUCAGCUGAGGGUCCAGUUGAGGGUCCAGCUGAGGGUCCAGCUGCGUCGAGCUGUCGCGUCGCCUCUCUGAGAAUCUGCACAUGUUCCUGGUUUGUUCCUAAGAAAUCCUCCGGAGCAUUCGCUUCAAGCACAGCAACUAAGAUCUAGUUUGGAUGUUUCUUUAGUAGCACAGGGCUGAAAACUUUCCAGUGAACACAAUAUCCAAUAUGCUGUCUUAUUUAAUUUUUUUUUUUUUACAAAUGAAUGUAAAUUUUUGCAGUUUGAUUUUUAGUUUUACUCACAGGAGUUUAAAUUUGUUGCUGUAAAUGAAGCCUGGACCACGUAUGUUUUCGUUUUAUUUGGACUUUGACACUUUUUAAGUUAUGAGGUGAAGAUCUGUCGAAGCCCAUUUCCGCCCAGUGACACGAGCAGACGCAGGAAGUUGGAAAAGCUUUUAAUUUUUGUCAAAUGUUUUUGAGUUUUCCCCACAUAAAAAGCGACAAAGAAACCGAAAUGAAAAAUGUUUAGGAGGUGACAAUCUGAUGUUUCCAGAUAUUUAAAGAGACAAUGCUAACAGAAAGGUGUAUCUUUUAGUCUAAUUUCCAACUGCUUCUUCUUUUUUUUUACUUUUUAAAUCUAUCCAGUCCAGCAGGAAUGGUCUUCCAUAUAAGUUGCGCAAUAGUGUGUUCAGGUAGAGUUUAGAUGGGAACCAGCACAUUAUACAAUGUUUUAGAGAAGUAUGUGGUGGAGAUUUUUAUUUAAUUAUAUAUAUAUAUAUAAAUAUAAAUCUAUUUUUUAAACUGCUUGUGUUGUUGAAGAGCUCUUGCUUUUCAGGCUUUAACCGAACAGCAGCAUGUACCCUGAGAGCAAUACAACACCUGGAAUGAUUUCUGAAAAACGUGUGGCUGAGAUUUUAAGUCUCUGGGACAGGAUGGCAUGUGGGUCUGUGUGGAGUGUUUCUUUUUUUUUAUUUUUAUUUUAUUUUUGGCAGAAGUUGCUCAUGUGUGCAUGUAACAUAUGUUGCGUCUGAGCGGGGCGGAUGGGAUUUGGGAAGCUGAGUGUACAAUAUUUAAACUACUUGGUAUGUAUUGUGUGACUGGUGUAUUGUUUUCUGCUAUUUGACAAUGAAUUACUCUGCACUUAA